ACAGAAAACUGGAACUGUUCGAUCGAAAACUACAAAGUCAGAGCUUGUGAAGAAGGAAAGCACCGUCGAGACUCAAAUGUCGGUGGAUUCGAAUGCCCUGAACACAAAUUCCCUGAAACCAUCCAAAUCCACAAAAGUCUUAAACUCUGCGAGGUACGCGGAAAAAGAGAAGCAUUUAGAUGUCGUUGCAGAUAAAAAAACAGCCGACAAUUGUCAUCAUUCAGAAAGAGUGAAGCCAGCGAAGAAAAUAAUGUUGUAUACGAGUUCUAACAAUCAAUCGAGGCAAGCAGUGUCUCGCCAGAAACACCGCGCUCCUAGCAAUCAACCAGUAUGGCGGCCAGGUGGCGCAGCGAAAAUCCCUACUUUUAAUAACGUGACGACCUUGGUCCAGAAAACUCGUCCAGCGACGCAUAACAGAGAAAAAACAAAUUUGGAGAACGCAAGAGAGGAGAAACAUGGACGAACGGUGAGCGAAUUUAAAAAGAAACCUUCCACCGAGAUAUAUUCGUGCAAAGAUGUCCCCAAAUUGAACGUCGACAAUUCGAAGAUCGCGAGCAAACGAAGUGACGCGAGCUUGAACAUCAGCCCGAGAUCGAAACCGAGAUCGAGGAUAUCACGGCCCGUGUCAAAGAAUUUUAACGAAUCGGAAAAGCCUUUCACGUGUGUGAAGAACUACGCUCGCAGGUCCGUGUGUGACAUGAUUCACGAGCGAGUCACGACAGAGUCGAAAGUUCUCCGAGCACUUGAGGAGAUCAUAAGAACCACUUCAGAAAACAACGAGGGGGAAAAUGUUGGGAACGUGACGCACCGUACGUUUCGGAAUCAACUUCCAAACGAAACGUGUUCUGCUGAUUUAAGAAAAACGAGCGAGUCAAUUGUAGUUGAAGAAGAGAUGAAAGUGAACGAGGAGGAACCAACGAGGGACAUCGAUUCCGAGCGAUACAAAAAGAGCCAGUUGAACAAAAGAUCUCAGGGGGAUCUGUCGGAAAAUAUUCUGAAGACAGGAGAAUACUCUUUGGUAUCAAUCGUGCCAAAAAGUUUGACUCCAGUUCUAAGAGCUGGCGUUGGGAAAGAUACCAAAAACGUUGGGACAAGUGGAAAUUUCGGACACAUACCGUCAGAAGUUGAACGAAAUAUCUCUUUAGAAACUGCUGCGAGUUGCAGAAUUUUGGAUUUCAAUACAACUUCAGUUGAAACUGAUGAAAUAGAAGCUUGGAAAUCCGACGCUGUCUCAAACCAAAAAUGUAAAGACAAGAAAUUCAAUGAAAAUGACAUUUCGAAGGAGAAUUCUUCUUUCACCGAUGACAACGAGAAACAACAAAAAUACCAUGACACGGAGCCGAAGACUUCCAACAAUCUGUCGAUUGUUAAGAUAGAGAAGGCAAGAGUGAAUUCUCACGCAAUAUCGUUGAGUAUGUUGAAGGAAUUUCUUUACGAUCAAGGUGUCGACGUUGAUCUGGUGAAUAAAGCCGAAAGAUAUCUGAAAGGCAAGCAAAAAGCACGCAAAGGCUUGAGAAAGAAGUCGAUCAGCUUUGCCGACGUGUCUUCUUACGUAGAACACGAUCGACAUUUCGGAAAAAGAAUGGUCCUGAGAAAGGAGCAUUCUUGGGAGGAGGAAUUGGAAAACGAGAUAAAGAAAGAUGAUAGAAAAUGUAUUAAGAAAGAUAUCGAGGGAAAUAUUGAAAAAAAUGUCGAGAUAAAGAAAGAUGAUAGAAAAUGUAUUAAGAAAUAUAUCGAGGGAAAUAUUGAGAAAGAUACUGAAAAAAAUGUCGAGAAAAAUAUUGAGAAAGAUGCUGGAAACGAUAUGAAAACUGAUGUCGAAAGAUUUAAAGUUCUUUCUGAAAGAGAGAUUUCUUCGCCAAGAAUGAGAGAUGUGACAACAUGCACAAUUAAGGACAGCAACAACGCUUGCACUCAGACUGUUUUCCAUUGUAGGACAUCCAAGGGUUUGCAGACUAUUUUUAAGAACGACAGUUUAACUACAGAGGAGACACAAACGGAAGUGGAACGAAGGAACGCGUGUACGAUGACAGAGUCGCUUCGUGUUAGAGAUGAUUCCGUAGAAACGCCAAAGAUCUGUUGCAGUUGCAAGUCUGUGAUCACUGAACGACUCGACGAGUUUCAAAAUGAAGAGUCGAAAUUUAGGAAGACUCGGCAAGACUCGGGAAACUCGAGAUCUCGAGGCGAUCCUCGCAGAAAUAUUUCUACAGACGUUGAACGGAGGGAGAAAAUUAGCGAGAACGAGUUUGAAAACGAAGAUUCAAAGUUGAAAAUUCGGAAAGAAUAUCCAAAAGGUUCAGAAUCUCGAAAGGAUUUUCACGAAGAAGUUCUGAGAUGUUCGAAGAAAAUUGACAAAACUUCAUCGAGACAGUGUUCCCUAGUGUAUCAAAAAUUAUUCCAUCAAAUGCAGGAAGAACACGAGAAAUCGAACGCAUUGCUGACAUCCGUCGAUUCGUCCACGACGCAUAGUUUAUCCUCCAAAUCGUCGAAGGAUCAUAACCUUCAUUUUAAUGAAAAUGGAACCAAAGAGGAACCCAAAGACGAGGAUCGUUCUCCUGUUAGGAUAGUUUCCAGCGGGAUCGUAGCUGCUCUUCAAGUAGCUGCUAUCAGAGCUCGAAACGUGUACAGAGCCUUUGACAUUCACAAACGAAUAUUAAGAAGCGAUCUGAAGAAACUGAGGAAACAGUCGAGACAGAGGAAGAAGCUCGACAAAGUCCUCGGAACUCGCGAAGAAGAACGUGCGAAAACUGUGUCGAAAAGCGACGUUGUCCUGAAUUUUAAAAAGCAAGUUGUUCAAAGAGGGAACGAUAGUAAAAAAACGGUCGUCGAAGUGUUUAAGAACCUCAGGCGAGCGGAAGUCGCGUCGAAAGAAUUUUUAGGCGAAAUGCUCUCGGACUCUCGCAGCGAAUCUGAAGACAAUCUUGAAAAGAAUCUUGAUUUCGUGAAUACUGUGUCAACGAAUGCUUCCUCCAGUCAGAUUAGUUUCAAAUCAAUCGACUUGGAAAUUCCGAAAAGAUCGUCCAGUAGCGUGAUCUUGAGGAACGUGAGGUCCUUGAUGGAAUUUCUGGUGAGCCAGGCCGACGACGCAACGUUCGAAAGGAUCGAGCGUCGUGUUGAGAAACAAUCGAACACGCGCGAGGCGAAAUUUUCGGGGAACGUGAGAAUGGAAAUCGUGAAAAUGAACAGGCGAUUUUCAUUUUUCUCGAAGGAGAAUUUAUUACUUCUGGUAUAUGGUAUGUUGUGCUCCGUCGUUUUCUGGUGUUUGAACUUUACGAUUACUUGCGACGUUGUCUUA